UCAUGGAAUCUUAGUUAUCUCUCCGUGUUUCACUGGGGACAACUUUAGGCGUAACACACAAUAUGCGCUUGUUCCGCAAAGAGCAGGUUAAUAAACUUGUUUUAAUGCGGAGUUCAAUAUUUGUAUUAUAUUUGAAUAAAUUUAUAAAUUAAUAUAACGGAUUGGUUUGAGUAAAUUGUACGUAAAGGGAAAAAUUAAGCCAAACUAACAAGCAACCGGCUGCCAGAGUCAUCCCAGAGUAGUCAGAGGUUUGACCAGCCGUUUAAAGGACACUGCUGUACUUCAUGAUCAACAUGUCCUCUGAAGAGGACACCCCCUCAUCCUGCUCUUUUUCCUCCUCUUCACCUCCUCCUGCCUCUCAUUUUAUUGGGAAAAAGGAAGACAUCAUCAAGGCUGGUCGCGUGACCAAGCUGGUGAAUGGGUGCAGAGAUGUGCUGGUCCUGUACCACCAAGGAAAGCUUCAUGCAAUGGAUAUGCACUGCUACCAUUCAGGAGGGGCACUGCAGCAUGGAGACAUUGAGGAGUUUAAUGGGCGCAUGUGCAUUGUGUGUCCAUGGCACAAGUACAAGAUCACACUAGCAGAGGGAGAAGGACUUUAUCAAGCUGUGGAAAAUCCUACAGCCAAACCCCUGAGGACUCACUGGCGCUCCAAGGGUGUCAAACAGAGGAUUCAUGAGGUCACUGAGGUCAACGGGGAUGUUUAUAUAACACUGAACAACUCAAGUGAGACCAUCGAGUCAGAUGUCUAUCAAACUGAGAGAUACAGGACUGUCUUACUUAAAGCCCAGUCAAAUUCCAAGCCCAGGAAAUAACUGGAUCUAAGACCAAAAAGUAUUAAAUAUGUUGUUUUAAGGAUGCUUUGGUUCUAGCACCUCUGUGAUGUUUAACAGGACAAACAGGUUACAUAAUUAAUGGAUGGAUUUAUCUACAUAAUAAGUGAUAAUCUGAUAUUUUAAAGAAAAUGUACAUAUUAAACAUUUUUUAUUGAA